GCUUAGAAGCGAAAGGUGAAGCAAACCCCCAGUCUCCCAUAGUUCGAUUAUCCUCUUCGUUUCUCGCCGCCUUGUCCGCCAAACAAUCUCCGGCAUACAACUUCACCGUGAAUAACAUCCUAUUAGAUUCAUUCUAGCUACUAGCUACUCUACCAGGUUAUUGGAUUAUGGCACCGAGAAGAGAUAGAAUCAGUAAACUUCCGAUAGAAAUACUUGACAUCAUCUUGGGAUUUUUGCCGAUUAAAGAUGCUGCUAAAACCGCUGUUCUGUCUUCCAUUUGGAGAGAUGUUUGGUCCAAUCUCACACAACUUAACUUUGAUCGUCACUUCUUUACUUAUAUGAUUGACAAACAUCGUCCUGCUAAAUCUGCAGCAGGUUUGUAUGUGAUCAACAAAGUUCUCCACCAACACAAUGGAAUUAUUCAGAAAUUUGUUCUCGAUUUUGUUGAUAUUGGGAUACUUACAAUUAAGUCUCGGUCUUAUGACUUCGACCAAUGGUUACUUUUAGUUACACAGAAAGGUGUUGAGGAAAUGAAUAUUCGUAUUCGGCGUAAUAUAUACAAGCUGCCGAAUUACAUAUUUUCUUGUUCAACGCUCAAGAGGUUGCAUCUUUCUUAUGUCGUUGUUCAACCAAUGAAAUCCCCCUGCAUACUACCAAAUGUUGCUUUGCUUAGUUUUGAUCAUGUUAACUUUGAUCCUAUAAUGGCUUCACAUUGUGCCAUUGAUGUACCCGUACUCGAGAGUCUGUUAUUUUAUUGCUGUGAAAACAUUUUUAAUUUUAACAUGACUGCUCCAAAGCUGUGUGAUUUAACAAUCACAUCUUUCUACUCUCAUUGUUUGGACAAAUUUCUUCCGGUUAAUUUGGACUUAAGAUCUGUUUCUACUCUGAAUUUGCAAUAUUCAAAUAUCCAGAAAUUUGUUGAAGAAAUUAAUAGGAUGGGAUUUCAACUAAAUGUGGAAAACCUUAAGCUAUCAUUUGAUUGCCGAAGUGAUACAAUAAUUCCUGCACUUGUUCAUUUGCUGCAAACAUGCCCCAGGUUAUGCAAACUUGACAUGGAUGUAUUUGCGCUUGAGGAGAUGGCAACUAAAUAUAAUGGUGCCUUUUUGGAGCUCUUGUCAAAACUUCAAGGCGUGGCACAAACAAAUAAAAUGCUUCGUGCUUUGAAGUUUACCUCAUUUAGGGGUUUGCAGUCUGAAAUUAUUUUCAUUAAGGAGAUACUUGCCUGUUUUUCAGCGCUUGAAAAGGUUUUCAUUAUUUUUCCCGCACUUUACCAAACAAAGGAGUUCAAGUUUGGAAUUAAGCAACAACUUUUGAAUUUUCCCCGUGCCUCCACAAAAGCAGAAAUUGUUAUUUUGCAUUUUUCUCGUGCCUCCACAAAACUAGAAACUGUUGUUAUUUAAUGGGUAUGUUUCUGUUGAACUAUGCUUUUUGGUUUGAGUGAUGUGCCAAAUG